AUGAAAAUUCCAAGAAAAUCUCUCAACUCUUCCAUGGAACUACAACAAAAAGAUGAAAUCAUGUUGUCUAGUAGAAGACUCAAGUUCACUGAACACUUAAAUCAAACCACUGUCAUCAGCAGAACAGAGAAAUCAAACCAGUCCAGCCCAAGAACCCUACGGAUUACCUUCACCGACGAUCAAGCUACCGACUCAUCCAGUGAUGAAGAAGAGGGAUUCCUUAUCAAACGCCAGAGAGUCAAGAAAUUCAUCAAUGAAAUCAAAGUUCAACCCUACGGCAGUGAGAGUAUUACCGUAAAUUCCAGCGUUAAUGGAAUUGCUGAUGGUUUGAGGUGUACCCGGACGCCCGUAACGGUGGCUAAACGGAAACAGUGCAGCAGAAGAACGGCAUCCACCACCAGUAAAAAGACCAGUAACGUUAGAAAGUUUCGUGGAGUCAGACAAAGGCCGUGGGGCAAAUGGGCGGCGGAGAUUCGAGAUCCCCUGCGACGUGUGAGGCUCUGGUUAGGCACCUACGACACUGCCGAGGAGGCAGCCAUGGUGUAUGACCACGCGGCCAUCAAACUGCGUGGACCGGACGCGCCCACAAAUUUCUCCACCACCAUCCUACCACCGCCUGAAACGGACAACAAAACAAGCUCAGGUUACAACUCCGGUGAGACCUCUUCACCAGCUGAAACGUACAAUAAAACGAGCUCAGGGUUCAACUCCUGUGAUGAUUUUAACAAUGACGUUAAAUCACCCAAAUCUGUCCUGCUUUUCAACUCAGUUUCUGAAUGCCAAGCCGACGCCGAGCCGUCGUCGUCCUUUAUCCUGUCAAGCGAUGCCGUUUUGAAGGAGAAUGACACUUUCUCGGACUUCUCGAUGUUUUCUGUUGAUGAAGACUUGUUUUCCCAGCUCGAAAACCGGGUCGUACCUGAUUUAUUUGACCAAACGGGUUUUCCGGAAAAUGUUUUCGGGCUCGGGGAUUUCAAAUGUUGCAGUGAUUUGCUUUUCGGGUCAAGUAAUGAUUGUCGGCCCGGGUCGCCAGCACUGCAAACGGAUGAUUACUUUCAAGAUUUUGGAGAUAUAUUCGGGUCGGAUCCUCUAGUGGUUCUUUGA